AUGGAGGAAGUGCUCAGGCUAUUGUCGAUUAAGGGACUAAAAACAACUCCAUAUCAUCCGAUGUGUAAUGGUCUCUGUGAGAGGUUUAAUGGGACACUUAAAAAGAUGCUCAAGAGGAUGGCAGCAGAGCAGCCAAAGGAAACAGUACGAGGACCUCUUCAGAUUUUGCGUGAGCUGUGGGACGAUAGUGGAGUAGACACCGAAGUCAAGACAACAUACACUUACGUCAUUGACCUGGCAAAUCGUCUUCAGUCUACUUGCGAUCUGGCUAAGCAAGAGUUGCUGAAAGCUCAGGAGACGCAGAAGGCAUACUACGACAGGAAAGCAAAGAAAACCUCGAAACUCGGCAGUACUUCCACCACAACGUACAUCUGCGCCGCUGCAGUAAUUCCAGAAAGCGAGUGUGACGACGGACCCGUCACUGCACAAUCGUGGCAGACCGAGACCAUCGAUAAUGUGAAAAUACCUUUACACCCUGAGAGUCGAGAGGUCACAGCUUUUACCAGUCCUGCAGGUCUGUACCAGUUCAGAGUACUUCCGUUCGGACUCUCGAACUCACCAGCUGUAUUCAACAGGGUCAUGAGACAAGUGUUGCAAGGCGUCAAAGGAGUGGAAGCAUUCAUUGACGAUAUUCUGGUUCACUCUUCUACGUUCGAGGAGCAUCUGAAGAUCCUUGAGGAGGUAUUCCAGCGGUUACAGUGUGCAAAUAUGACUGUCAAGCCAAAUGCUUCACAGGAUGGUGUAGGAGCAGUUUUGAUGCAGGAAACGGAUGGUGAGAUCUAUCCCGUGGCCUACCACAGCCGCAAGUUAAAGUCCGCCGAGAGGAACUACAGUACGGUCGAGAAGGAACUGCUGGCAGUCGUCGACGGAAUCAAAAAGUAUUAUUUCUACCUCUACGGAGACAAGUUCCUGCUGGAGACCGACCACAUGCCUCUGGAGAGUCUACGCACGUCGAAGAACGCGAACGCUCGUCUGAUGCGCUGGGCAAUGUAUCUUCAGCAGUUCAACUUCGCCAUCCGCUACAUAAAAGGGAGUGCAAAUGUUGGCGCCGAUUUUCUCUCUCGUCUCGUGGAGAACAACUGGCAGGACUCGGAGGAAUCUCUGCGCAGUGAUCAGAGAGGAGCGCAGCUGUGUGAUGGGACUAAGUGUAUGAGCCGAUGAUGACAAUUAUUGCAAGUG